AGAGGCAGCAGGGGCUGCAGCUGCUCUUCGCGAGACGUGCGCGAGGUCUCGCGAGUGCGGGGCGGUCAAGGCGAGCCCCCGCCCGUCCUUCUUACUCGUGACGCCAUCAGAGCGCGACCUUCCCGGAAGAGACGUGGCAGCCAGACUCUCGCUUGCCCCCACCGCGCCCCGCCCACCCUCGGGCCCCCCAUCUCCCCCUCGCAGGAGCCCCUAGGGGGCCGAAGACCCCCCCCACGUCUCGUCUCCCCCGGCAGGGCGGGGGAGAAGCCCAGGGGGCUCCGACCAACCAGGGCCAGGACCCCUUGCCCACUGUGGUCCUGAGUCGGUGCUGUGCUUACCACCAUGGGGCUCUGUAAAUGCCCCAAGCGGAAGGUCACCAACCUCUUCUGUUUUGAGCACCGGGUGAAUGUCUGUGAAAACUGCAUUGUGGCGAACCAUACCAAGUGCAUUGUGCAGUCGUACCUCCAAUGGCUUCAGGACAGCGAUUACAACCCCAACUGCCGGUUGUGCAAUACUCUCCUCUCCACCAAAGAGACAGUUCGUCUCGUCUGUUACGAUCUCUUUCACUGGUCCUGCCUCAACGAGAUGGCAAACCAGCUCCCGAAGAACACGGCCCCUGCUGGCUACCAGUGCUCCAGCUGCCUGGGCCCCAUCUUUCCCCCAGCCAACCUGGUCAGUCCCGUGGCCUCCGUGCUGCGAGAAAAGCUCUCAACGGUCAACUGGGCGCGGGCUGGCCUCGGGCUCCCACUGAUUGAUGAGAUGGAGAUGGUCCAGGAGAUGGAUUCUCACGACACCACAGACUACACCGAUUGGUCCAGCUUCACCCACCUCGACUCCGAGGAGGCUGGCCAGCAGAGCUUCUCCUACAGCCCAGGCACUGGCUUCCCCGGGGCCCAGCAGCAGCAGAGCCUGAACAACGGAGACAUGCAGGAGCAGCACACCGUCGUCAGCAUGAACACCUUGGGCACGGACCCUGCCUCCAUGAAUGCAGCCUCAUCACCACGGAAAGUUUACGACACCCGGGAAGGCGGAGGCAGCCGGGCCGCCGACACCCGCGUCGACUUUGACGAAGACAAGUACCGCCGGCGGCCGGCGCUCGGCUGGCUUGCCCAGCUGCUGAAGAACCGCUUCAGCUCCCGGAAGCAGCCACGCUCCUUGAUGCAGAGGUUCCUGAUCCUCCUCCUGAUUGGCGGGAUCGGCUUCCUCACCCUUGUGAUCGUCAUGAUGAAGCUGGGCCGGGCCUCCGCCGACAACGACCCCAAUCUGGACCCCAUGUUCAACCCGCACAUCCGGGUGGGACAAGAAUGAGCGAGGACGGCGGGGCGCCCAGCCCGGCCUCAAGGUGCCCGUCUCCCCUCCUGGCCGCCGGGGCGGGCUGGACCGAGGAAGGUCCCACAGCAGCUCUUGGGCCGCAGCCGCUGGGGUCAAGUGAGCCCCCUUCCCUGGAAGCACGAGCCUGCAAGGGCCCCUCUGCAAAAGCUGGGAGGGAGGCCGGCCCUCUGGGUGACGGGUCACGGGCCAGAUCUCUUGCCUCUCCCCUCUUCUGGAGUUGGGAGGCCAGCCUUUGGGUGCCUAAAGGAAACUGCUGGGCGGGGUGGGUGGGUGGGUGGGUGGAGUGGCUUCUGCUCGCCUGGACACGACUGCAGAGAAGAGCGGGGGUGGGGGUGGGGGGUCCCGAUCUGGCGGCCGCUUUUCGUGGGUCUUCCUUUCUCCCGAGGGGAAACCGCUGCUGCUGGGAAAGGAAGGAGCCCCUUUCUCCCCUCCUCCCGCUCCUUGAGUCUCCGGGGCUUCCUUCUGCUGAGGCGAAAGGCCUUGGGACUGGCCAGCUGGACCUGGGGGCCCUGGGAACUCUCCUCCACCCGCCCCGGCCCAGUUUGGCAUUUGCGGUUCUAAGAGCGGGGGGGGAGGAAGCACCCACCCACCCUCCCUCCCCUCCCGAGACGAACAGUACUUGGGCGCCAUUCACUGAUGGAUUCUUGCCUCAUCUAAAAGUGUGGGACCAGUCUGGGGAUUUCUCUCUGACUUUUGGCGGGGGGAGAGUUUUGAGUAGUUGGCUUCCUCCCGUAGGCCCUCCAUGGGUUGCAGUGUGGCUUUCCCCCACCUUGGGUCUGGUGGGGGUGUGUGGAGGGGUUGGCGGAAAGGCCAGACUGUCAGGCACAGAAGCGUGUUUAUUGGGUCUUCUAUUAAACUCCGUUGCUGAA